CAUAUCUCGAGAUAUUCUGCAAAAUCAACUCUUUCCUCUUAAUACACCAACAUUCCCGCCAUUCCCGGCUUCGUUUUGAAACUUUCCAUAACAAAAAAAUAAAAUGAUUUUUUCAUAUAUAUAUAUAUAUAAAAACCUCUUGCCCUGAACUCAAUUCAUCAUAAUAAAAAAAAUCAAGCUAAUACUACUAAACUACACAGCCCUACUGAGUCACAGAGGAGCGAGUCAGAGAGUGAUCUCCAUCUCAUAUUCACAAGAAAACUACGAUGAGAGAGAAAAUGGAGGAGUAUUUGAGGAAGAACUUCGACGUGGAACCCAAACGGCCCUCCGACGAGGCCUUGAUGCGAUGGAGAUCCGCAGUCGCCGUAGUCAAGAACCCUACCCGAAGGUUUCGCAUGGUCGCCGAUCUCGCCAAGCGCGCCGAGGACGAAAGAAAGCGCAAGAACCUCCAGGAAAAGAUACGCGUAGCUAUGUACGUGCAGAAAGCAGCAUUGCAAUUCAUUGAUGCUGGCAAUCGUGGGAGAUACAAUCUAUCCAAAGAAGUUAGAGAUGCUGGUUUUGGCAUUGAACCUGAUGAGAUUGCAUCCUUUGCUAGAUCUCACGAUAACAAGGGUUUGGAAGGACAUGGAGGAAUAGCAGGAUUAGCAGGGGAUGUUUCUGUAUCGCUGAAAGAUGGUGUUGUUUCAAGCAAGAUACCUGUUAGGCAGAAUAUAUAUGGUCUCAACCGAUAUGUCGAGAAAACUUCUAAAGGUUUUUGGAUGUUUUUCUGGGAAGCCUUACAAGAUUUAACUCUAAUCAUCCUCAUGAUUUCUGCCGCGGUCUCUGUAGGUGUUGGAAUUGCAACCGAAGGGUGGCCGAAAGGUAUGUACGAUGGCUUGGGAAUAAUACUCAGCAUCCUUUUAGUAGUGAUGGUCACUGCAGUUAGUGACUACAAGCAAUCAUUGCAGUUUAAAGAAUUAGACAAGGAAAAGAAAAAUAUCAUGGUUCAGGUGACUAGAGAUGGACGCAGACAGAAGGUCUCUAUCUACGAUUUAGUGGUUGGAGAUAUUGUUCAUCUUUCGAUCGGAGAUCAAGUUCCAGCUGAUGGUAUUUUCAUAUCAGGCCACAGCUUACAAGUUGACGAAUCGAGCUUGUCAGGUGAGAGUGAGCCUGUGGACAUAAGUGAAGAUAAACCUUUUCUUCUUGCAGGAACCAAAGUGCAAGAUGGUUCUGGUAAAAUGCUGGUGACAUCAGUUGGUAUGAGGACUGAAUGGGGACGACUAAUGGUUACUCUGAGUGAAGGUGGAGACAAUGAGACACCACUGCAGGUGAAACUUAAUGGAGUUGCAACCAUUAUUGGAAAAAUCGGUUUGGCUUUCGCCGUGCUGACAUUUUUAGUUCUGACUUCAAGGUUUUUAGUAAACAAGGCAGUUCAGCAUAGGAUGACACACUGGGAUUCCAGUGAUGCAUUAAAGCUUUUGAAUUAUUUUUCGAUCGCUGUCAUUAUAAUUGUUGUUGCAGUCCCAGAGGGGCUACCUCUGGCAGUGACACUAAGUCUUGCCUUUGCAAUGAAAAAAUUAAUGACUGAUAAAGCACUUGUUAGGCAUCUAUCUGCAUGUGAGACAAUGGGUUCCGCUACUUCUAUUUGCACAGAUAAGACAGGAACCUUAACAACAAAUCAUAUGGUGGUGAAUAAGAUAUGGCUCUGUGAUGAAACCAAGAAUAUAACAAGUAAUCAUGACAAAGACGUAUUGAAGCCCGUUUCUGAAGAAGUAUAUAAACUCCUUUUGCAGUCUAUCUUUCUGAAUACAAGCUCAGAGGUAGUCAAAGGGGAAGAUGGAAAAAAUAGUAUUAUAGGUACUCCAACAGAGACUGCAAUAAUAGAAUUCGGCAUGCUUAUGGGAGGUGAUUUUAAAUCUUAUGGUGAGGGAUAUAAGACACUUAUGGUUGAACCAUUCAAUUCAGUCAGGAAAAAGAUGUCUGUACUAGUGGCUCUUCCUGGUGGUGGUCGGCGACUAGCAUUCUGCAAAGGAGCAUCAGAAAUAGUUUUCAAAAUGUGUGACAAGGUUGUUAAUACCACCGGUGAAGCUGUGCCUCUGUCUGAAGAGCAGAGAAAUAAAAUCUCAGAUGCCAUAAAUGGUUUUGCUUGUGAAGCUUUAAGAACUCUUUGCUUAGCUUUCAAGAAUGUCGAAGACUCCUCUGGUGAAAACAGUAUUCCUGAUGAUCAAUAUACAUUAAUAGCUGUUGUUGGAAUUAAGGAUCCUGUGCGGCCUGGGGUGAGGGAAGCUGUGAAGAUUUGUUUAAAUGCUGGGAUUACUGUAAGGAUGGUCACCGGCGAUAAUAUUAAUACAGCUAAAGCCAUAGCUAAAGAGUGUGGCAUUUUGACAGAAGGUGGUUUGGCUAUAGAAGGGCCAGAUUUCAGAAAUAAGAGCCAACAGGAGAUGGCAGAAAUAAUUCCAAAACUACAGGUAAUGGCUCGAUCCUUGCCUUUGGACAAGCACACCUUAGUAAAACAGUUGAGGGAUGAGUUCAGAGAAGUUGUGGCAGUUACUGGUGAUGGGACUAAUGAUGCUCCUGCUUUGCACGAGGCAGACAUCGGACUUGCCAUGGGUAUAGCAGGAACAGAGGUUGCAAAAGAAAAUGCUGAUGUUAUCAUAAUGGAUGACAACUUCACAAGUAUAGUGAAUGUUGCUCGAUGGGGUCGUGCGGUUUAUAUCAACAUUCAAAAGUUUGUACAGUUCCAGCUAACAGUUAACAUUGUCGCUCUGAUGCUCAAUUUCAUUUCAGCAUGUGUCUCAGGAUCGGCGCCGCUAACGGCUGUCCAGAUGCUUUGGGUAAACUUGAUCAUGGACACUCUUGGUGCCUUGGCACUGGCCACAGAGCCACCAAAUGAUGGCCUUAUGAAAAGACCACCAGUUGGAAGAAACAUCAACUUCAUCACUGGGAUCAUGUGGAGGAAUAUUAUAGGUCAAAGCAUCUAUCAAAUUGCUGUCCUCUUGGUUCUCAAGUUUUGUGGGAUCAGGCUUUUGAAGCUCACUGGUGCAAAUGCAAAUUCCAUUCUCAAUACCGUCAUAUUCAACUCUUUUGUGUUUUGCCAGGUAUUCAACGAGAUUAACAGCCGUGACAUGGAGAAGAUCAAUGUUUUUCGUGGCAUAUUCGAUAGUUAUACUUUCAUGAUGGUGAUGAUCGCUACAGUAGUGUUCCAGAUCAUCAUAGUUGAAUUUUUGGGUACUUUUGCACAAACUGUGCCACUGAGCUGGGAGUUGUGGUUAGCAAGCGUCUUGAUUGGAGCUGCAAGUUUACCCAUUGCGGUCGUCCUCAAGUUCAUUCCCGUUUCAAUCAAGAAACAAACUGUCAGGGAUCAAGAGGAUAUAUACGAACCUCUCCUCCGUGGCCCUCAGCUCGCAUGAAAGAUAGAGAUGUCUAUUUUUCGAAAGAUCCUUGUGCAGAAUCUUGGAGGGAUUUUCUUCUUUCUUUUUCUGUUGCUUGUUUGCAUAACUUUCAACACCACUUCCCGUUAUUUUGGUUGUACAUUCCAAUGUUCAUUGAGGACAGCUAGAAAUUGAUCUUCUUUUUGCCUUUUUGGUGCUAUUCGUUCAAAUUCGAUUUAUAUAGUUGAGCUGGGAGCUGUAUUU